AUGGCCAAAUUCAUUUACACCAGCACUGCGCUGCUUUGGUAUCAAGCGGCCUUGUCCUCCGCCCUCGCACUGACGUGCGAUGACUGUCCGACCGCUACUAUCGACUCGGGUAUACUCAUUGGCACAGCUGCAUCCGAACCUACUGUUGCUGUUCCAGUCAAUAAGUUUCUCGGUAUCCCUUUCGCAAAGCCGCCGACGAGAUGGAAGCUACCAGAAAAGCCGGACAGCUGGCAGGGUUCUCGUGAUGCAAGCCGCUUCGGCAAUGCAUGUUAUCAGCAGCUUCUCUCCGGCGCCAAAAACGCAGAGCUCCUCAAAGAGUACUUCAAUACACCCCCGGCCACGGUCCCAGACAGCGAGGACUGCCUAUACCUGAAUGUCUUUGCGCCCGCUUCUGUUCAGCCGGGCUCCAACAAAGCCGUCAUGUUCUGGAUCCACGGAGGCACUGACCAGGGUGGCACUGCGGCUCUUCCGGAAUACGAUGGCACGAAUCUGGCGGGGAACCAAGAUGUGAUAGUCGUCACGACCAACUACCGCCUGAAUUUGUUCGGCUUUCCCUCGUCUCCCGAUAUUCCAGCGAAAGAACGGAAUCUUGGUCUCCAUGAUCAGCGUUUGGCGCUGGACUGGGUCCAGCGUAAUAUCGAGGCUUUUGGAGGUGACCCUGAUCUCGUUACCAUUUUUGGCCAAAGUUCAGGUGCCAGAAGCGUGGACACUCUCAUAACAGCGCCUCCCGAUCCCGUGCCCUUUGCAGCUGCCAUCAUGGAAUCCUCCGAACCGGAACUCAGCAUGCCUGAUCGGGACCUGGAGAAGGCAACAUGGAACUCCCUCGUCUCAAAUGCCGGCUGCAACUCUACGGCCAACGCCCUCGACUGUAUGCGGCAGGUUCCAGCCGCACAGCUGAUUGCGAUUGCUGAAAAGAACGGCCUCAGCUUCACCGCCUCUCCCGAUGGAGGCGUGACGUUUGUCAACUCCAUACCUGCAAAACGCGCCGCGUCCCUGGUCCAUCGCAAAGCAAUCGCUCGCGUGCCCCUUUUGAUUGGCUCCAAUGCUGACGAAGCAUCGCCAUUCCUUACAGGCGGCGUCACGCUGGAUGAAAUUAUGGCCGCAUUUCUAGGAAACUCGACAGCCGAGCUCUUCCUUAAGAAGUACCGCCCAACGUACACAGGCUAUCCCACCCCGGAGAAGCGCGACGAAGCAUUGGUCACCGACUUUGUCUAUACCUGUCCUACAGCUCGCACAGCCGGCGAUUCCACUGCUGUCAAAAUUCCGACGUGGCGCUAUUUCUAUAACGCCAGCUUCGCUAAUACCGAGCUCUUCCCUGGUAGCGGCGCCUAUCACUCAGCAGAAAUACGACCCGUCUUUGGAUUUUAUCCCAGAAGCAGCGCCACAGCCUUUGAGAUAGAGAGCUCCAGGGUGAUUCAAAAGGCAUGGGCAGAUUUCGCAAAAGACCCUGCUGGAGGGCCAGGUUGGGGCCAGGCGCCUGAAGUCCAGCUACUCGGCGGUGGUGCCAGCCCCGGACUGAGUGACGACAACCGACUCGCCUCGGCGCCAAUAAAUGCUUCCAUAACGGAUGCACACUGCAGCCAGUACAAAUCUCUUUAUGAUACUAUACAAGUAACGGGGAUCAUUGGGAAUACCCUCAAUGCUAUUCUCAGGCUACUUUAG